UCCCCUCAGCCGCCCUCAUCCAAGAUGGCGCUGGCCAGCGUCCUCCGCUCGGAGCUGCCGGAGUUUUCCAAAUGUUUCCCGGGAUAUUCCAAAGGUUUUCCAGAAGAUUCCGAAGCUAUCCCGGAAAUCCUGAGGGAUCCUCCCGGUCCUCCGCGGGCUUUGGCGGCUCCGCCGUGCGGGGUUCAGGCGGUGUUGGAUGGGCCCGGCUUCGAGAUGCUGCACGGAACGACAACUCUGGCCUUUAAGACGCCCUUCGGGGUGACGGUGGCCGUGGACUCGCGCGCCACGGCGGGCUCGUACAUCGCCUCGCAGUCGGUGCGGAAGGCGCUGGGCAUCACCCGGCACAUCCUGGGCACGCUGGCGGGCGGCGCCGCCGACUGCAGCUUCUGGCAGCGGCUGGUGGCCCGGCAGAGCCGCGUGCAGGAGCUGCGCAACAAGGAGCCCGUGUCGGUGGCCGCCGCCUCCAAGCUGCUGGCCAACCUGGUCUACCAGUACAAGGGCACGGGGCUGAGCCUGGGCACCAUGGUGUGCGGCUGGGACAAGCGCGGGCCAGGGACUG